CCGUACCUGUAGCUGCGUGGAGUUUCAGACUAACUCAGAUACGCUAACUUGCACAGAGAGAAAUGAAGUUCAAACUCAGCAAGAAAAGUGAAGGCGCAUCAGCGGGAGCCACGAUGCCGGAUCAACGUAAAACAAGCCGACCUUUUCCACAAUGUACCCAUGCGGGUACUACUCGAUCCCGGUCGCCGCGGCGAGUGCAGAGCAACUUUGUGCCGCUCCGCCCGGCAAGGAUUCAACUGCAAGUUCCUAGGGCGGCGUCAUCAACAGCGGCGCCUGUAAAUGACCGGUACGUCGACACCGUUUCUUCGAAAGAUACAUCUCCACGGCGAAAGGCAAAGAUACAGCGGCUCAACGAAGUCGAGGAUAAUAUCGUGGAGCCACGAGGCGAAGAUAGCAGUAGCAAACAGCACGAUUCCAUUCCUUCUGGAACCGGCACAGCUCGUGAAGCAACGGGUGUCAUGCCUGCUGGCCGAACAAGCAAUGGGGCGAGGACAGCAGCUGUGGCGGACACAAAUUCGGCAGAAAAGCCUAUCUGCGACGAGACAUCAAAACAGACCGCUACAGCAGAAGCUGCCGGCACUCAGAGGAAGAGAGCGAGAAAAGUACAGAAGCCUAAAGAGAAAGCGCAGGAGCAGAGCGGCGCGACAAGUACUAGUCUAUUGUCACUUCGCGACAUAUCGAGGAAGCAUCAAGCGUCCCGUAACAAUACAGCAGAUGAGUGGAAGAACUCGAAGCACCUCCAGGAACAACGAGCGCCGGACGAAUCGCAGUCCUCUACGACGUCGGAUCACAGCAGUAUGAGAAUCCGAGACGAAAAGACAGACGUAGCCGGCCCAGUUAUGAUCAACAAGCCCAAGGGCGGUCUUCUCACCAGCACAAGCAGUUCAUCCGCUAAAAAAGCGAAAGUCCAAGAACAUGAAGCUGAUAAAGAGUUGAGCGAGCAGCGAUCGGAGCCUGUAGUUGAACAGCCCCCGCCAGGAGAGCCGACCAUCGACAAAGCAAAAGCACAAGAGUUGUCCGACGAGGAGGACGCGGAUCGUCGUGCGCAGAAAAAGCAAAGCGAUGAUGAAGCUGAAGUCUUCGUUGAUCCCGGAGGUGACGACGCUGCAGCAGCUUCGCAUGCAGCAAAUCAAAAGUUGCUCGACGAGCUUCUUGCCAACGACGGCCAGAAGCGUCGGCUGGCGUGCGCCAUCGCGAAAGCAGGCAGCGUGCGGGAAUUCAUGCGUAGUUUGGAAAAAGCAGAACUGGUGGAGGAGGAGCCGGAGGACGGUUUCUUGGACAGCGAAGACGAGGUUUGGUCCGAAGACGAGGGGACAAGCUCGGAGGAAGAGGACGACGGUACUUUUGAGGAGGAAGUUCCUUUACCCCUCCCGGAGGGUCCGCGCCCAGGCGACAGCGGGUUCACGCGCUUCCUCCGCCAAAAAUUGCACGACGACAGGAUCAUAACUGGAACGGACCCUCUGUUUCCGAAAAGGGAAGUAGAGACGGAAGCAGUUCUUGCCGGUGCGGCGACACGACAGGACCACGAUGAAAAGCAGAAUUCUAUUGUUGGGUCCUCGGGGUCGUCGGUAGUAGAUUCAGGUGCUGCGGGGGCAGACAACAGGAGUGGCCCAACUACUGCGAAGGCGGAACAAGAAUCACCUUUGCUGAAGGCUGAGGAUCAGGAUAUUGAGCAAAGCGGCUCUACUACUGGUGAAAAGCGCGGGUCGUCGUGCUCGGGUGUUGCGCCGCUGUUGACGCAUCAGAAGAUCGUGAGGUACGUGUUCGAGAGGGGAUACUGUCCGAGACUUCUCGUGGACCACGCGACAGGCUCCGGAAAGACGCGCACGCAGAUCGAGCUGCUCACCGUCGACUACUUGCGAGCCAGAACGAAAAUCGUGAUCCUGCCAAAAAAAGCGCACGUCGACAACCUGUUCAAGGAGCUCCUCCGGUGGCCGAAUCCCUGGCGAGAUUUCUUCGCGGUGUUUUGUGCGGACUUGCUGAAAAAGCUGAAGUUUUUUGCCGCGGGCGGCGGGGAAAGAUCGACGAUACGCAGUGCGAACGGAGAGCGGGACCACGGUGAGAAGCAGGCCCUGCCUGAAGACGGAAACAAGAAAAGCACCGCAGUGCUUUGCGACCAGCAGGCUGCUGAACGUGUUGAAAACGAGGCAACCCCCGGCGCCACGGCGAACAAGGAAAGCGGCGCUGCAGCAGCUAGUACAGGUGCCACAGCUAGUAACGCUGACGCACAACAAGCAGCGGAUGGUGCAGAGGGUGGAGCGAAAAUCGAUAAAACCAGUAGCGUUGUCCCCUUCGCGGAUUCCGACUGGUCGAUCUUUUUGAACUCAGGCUCGAUGAAGAGCAGCAAAAAGCGACAGACGUUGUACACGGCCUUCCGCGAUUGUGUCGGUCUGAAGGGCCUCAUUUGCGGAGGUCGCUUGCGCAAGGGCUGGGCUAAGAAGUUUUUCCGGCAACACCACGUGCGUCCGCCUGCAGCGCCGCUGCGGAUUUUCAAUUACACCACUGCCGGAGGGAGUGCCAUGGGCUUCUCGCGCGAAGGGAAAGCGACUGGACAGAUCGACGCGUGUUUGAAGUUCAAAUUGGUUAGCAAGGAAGACGUGUACGCAGGCAAGCUGAUUCUCAUGGAUGAAGCCCACAACCUCGUUCGCCCGGCAGAGGAGCGAUAUCGGCCUGCCUUGAAUAGGCUGCGCGACGCGGUGGCGAACACCUGCGGUUACGAAAGACCAGUAGCGCCGCAGCGCGCUCGCAAAACGGCCGACGUGGGUGGAUGCGUAGUAGGCGAGAGCAAUUGUCAGUCUAGUAGCAGCGAAUCCGCCGAAGCCAACCUGGGAAAGGAUGACGCACGGAGUCGAGAAGAAGCGGGAAAAAGUGCCGGCACGAAAACGGACGCUGAAGAAGUGGUUACACAAGCGGACACGACCCGUGACCAUCAAGCUAGUCCUAGUGGUUGCAUUGCAGUGCAGACAAGAUCCCCAGCGACGUGGGUUUAUCUGAUGACAGCGACUCCGAUUCAACCCGGAGUUUCUGCUCGGUCUCUGCUCGACUUGGUGAAAGGGCUGGCUCCAGCGACUGCUAGCGGUACUGUCCGCAACGACGCUGGUUUUUUGAGUGCGUUCCAUGCCAAAUCCAUGGAUCUCUAUCCGCGAGUGCUCGUGGCUGGUCCCGGCGGCCAUCAUCUGCAACACAGGAACACGCUGUCAAACGGAUUGCAGAUGAGUACGAUUUUGAGCGUUCCAUUAAUCGGGAAGUCACUUUCGCACUACAUUUUGAAGCACAGUGUGGAAAUUCCGCGACAGGACCCCAAGCGCGAGGUCCGGCUGGCGAAGUGGACGGUUUGCGCGAUCGCACCGCACUACGUAUCCGCCAAGUUGAACCAGGGGGGAAGCACCACGAUCGAAAAAUCCAAGUCCUACUGUCCGAAGAUCUACCGGGCCGCGGCGAUGAUCAGAAACCGCAACCAGAAAGCGUUGGUGUUGGUGUCAAGAAAAACCGGUUUCCUGGCAGCGCAGAUUUUGUUCCAAAAGGUUUUCGGCGCGGAGAAGGUGGCGACGUUUCGUGACGUUGCGCAGUUUAACGACGACGCGGCAAACGCUCGAGGGGAAAACAAGUUGGUUCUGCUCGCCACCAAGGAAGAGUGUCAGGAGGGGGUCGAGUUCCGGUGCGUGCGCGAGUUUCACAUCUUGGACGUGCCGAGUGACCCGGCGGAAUAUACCCAGAUUGUCGGGCGACCGGUCCGCGUAGGAAGCCACGCCGCGCUGCCACCUAGCGAGCGGACUGUCACCCUCUACGUCCACGCAGCGACGCUGCCACGCUGGUUGCGCGAAGACGAGGAAGACGAGCUACAUGUUGGGAAAAGCAAACCGACGCCGCUGCAGGAGACCCGGCGCUGGCGCGCUGUGGCGCUCUGCAAGACCAAGAACUGGAAGGACGAGAACCUGGUGAAAGGGUUGCAAAAAUGGGCAGCGCAGGGGGAGGCGCCAGAAGGCGUCAAGGACCUUGCACAAAGCGAUGCUCUGGCACCUGUGGACACCGUGGACUACACGACUUUGUCUCGUCUGAGAACCACGCUUGGGACCCGGAGCAACACCCUCGAAAAACUACGGACCAUGGCACUUGAGUAUGGACUGUUUUGA